AUGACUGGAGUUUCAUAUUCCUGCCUACGUCGUCUUUCAGCAACUGAUAUUUCAAAAAGGUUGAUGCCACUGCUUUCUGGGGGCUUUCUCAACCACGAUGUUGACAAGUUUCCUCAAAACUGUACACGGCACCUGCACACUGUGUCUUUGGGGAAACACAGCACAGUCCAGCGCAGGGGUUUUCUGCAGAGUAAAUUGUCAGCAUUCAGAACUCAGCAUGUUCGCAGCAUGUUCAUCCAGACCCAGGAGACGCCCAAUCCAAACAGCCUGAAGUUUAUCCCUGGAGUUACGGUCCUGGAGUCUGGGACAUUUGAUUUCCCAAACCCACAAAGUGCCAGUUGUUCACCUCUGGCAAAGAUGCUUUUCCGAAUUGAUGGUGUUAAAGGUGUAUUUUUUUCAAAAGAAGCCAUUACAGUAACAAAAGUUGAUGACGAUGUGGACUGGGCUGUGCUGAAGCCAGAAAUAUUUGCUGUGAUCAUGGACUUCUUUGCCAGCGGUCUGCCUGUGUUGACCAAUGACAAACCUUUAGAAGACACAACUAUUCAUGAAGAUGAUGAUGAAACUGUAGCACUAAUCAAGGAGCUACUAGACACCAGAAUCAGGCCAACAGUUCAAGAAGAUGGUGGAGAUAUUGUCUAUAUGGGCUUUGAGAAAGGUAUUGUGAAGCUGAAGAUGCAAGGUUCAUGCAGUAGUUGUCCCAGCUCUAUUGUGACACUGAAGAAUGGAGUUCAGAAUAUGUUGCAAUUCUAUAUCCCAGAAGUUAAGGCUGUUGAACAGGUCAUUGACGAAGUUGAGGCUAUUUCGAAUGAAGAAUUUAGGAAACUAGAAGAUAAAAUCACUGAAAAAUCAUGA